AUGGAGGCUCGUAUCUCCGAACUAUUUCCCGAAGACGAGUCGCUCAGACAAAAUUUUCAAGGCAUCCUGGAAUAUAGCUACGACGCAACAGAUUGGGAACAGGACAAGGAUGGACAUGAUGAGCGCAUCGUGCUGGAACCUCCAUUAACCUUCUAUGAUCGGCACGUCGACCAAAACUUGAUUCUGAAAUCGAUCAGAACCCUGAAUUUUUCUCUUGGGAAGUGGCUGUCGGCCUUGGGCAUCGAGGAGGUUGCAAACUUCAUCAAGCAAGGAUACUCUGUCUCUACUCAGCAGCCUCACGGGCUUGCCGUCCCUUAUCAUCUCAAUAGCUCUCCAACGUUGGCAAAAGACGUAAAAAGCUAUUAUUAUAGACAUGUUGGAAUGAUUGCUGCUAGGUUUGCCGCCAACCUUUGCAUUCAUCCUCAACAGCCGACCUGGAACACCUGCGUCUUCGCUUUGUAUGAGCCAGGGACUGAACGCAACGAACGAGUUUGCAAGGAAGCUGGUCUUUCUGUCUUCCGCUUGCAACCGUUGGAAUCUGUCGCGAAUUCGAUGCCACCACAAGUGGUUGACGCUCUCCGCAAAUUGCAUCAAAGCAAGUCAACCUUCGCCAUCUGGGAGGUGUUCGCCUCAAUACGGGCCACAAAAACAUUGGUCAGAAGCUUAGUACAACUUUCCCACUUUCCAUGGGCAGCUACAAGUACAAGUGGACAUUCGAUCACGUUACCUCCUCUGACACCGCCAGAGGACGGAAACAGUCUAGCCGCAAGGCUCGGAACUGCCUCAGAAUAUGUGGUUCAACCCCCACAAGCGUCUCUCGAGGUCAGUGCUGUGUCUCCCACGACAAGUUCUUCCAUGACAGGAGCUACAAUAUCUGUUCCUCCGCGGAUAGGGACACGCCGCUCGGGUCGGCGGUCAUAUGUACCCAGUGCGACGCAGUAUAUCCAACACGCGUGGGCGAGGGCUGCAAUGACAGACUCGACAUUUAUCAUCUUCCACUGCGGCAGAUAUGAGAGAAUUGGCAUCCGACACAGAAAAACCCAAACGCUCUAUCUAAGCGAGCUCGUUGAUACCGUGCUUUCAUCGGACCCGGCAUAUAGAGCGCUCCACAUAGGCCUCCAUCUAGCCAUAGUGAAGGAUUUGCUCGAUCGCAAGACCUUUCACCCCGUCGAAAGCUCUGUAGAAGAUCGCUUUAAACGGCGGAGGGGUUCUAGACCCGAGGAUGAUGUGCAACGCAAGCGACAAAAGCUCGAUUCUGAGACUACGAAGGGCGGCAAUUCAACUGAUGCUUUGAAGAUCGGAGAUGUUGAUACACCUCAGUUGGCAGAGGAGCUCGAGUCACGUAUGCUCGCCUUGUUUUAUCUUGACUAUGACUGCUAUCGCUCUCCCGCCCCUUCUUCUUUCCACCGGGUAGCACCGUCAUGCUCGUUUGUCUCCUCUGCGGAAUCUUUCAAACCCCCAAAGCGCAAGAGUGCCUAUAAACCAGUGCAGUAUUUUACAUUGGUUCUCGGCCCGCCUCUUGCGGAAGGUGCAGUAGGGGUUGGCCAUCCAGCCGAGACAAUCUUCGUUUCAACUUCUCGAGGUUCCAUCCGGAACGACAACCUUAUGGUAAAGCUCGCUUUUGGAGAGGCAGAGCGAGAGAAAAUGUGGCACGAAUAUAGGAUCUAUCAGCAUAUGUGGCGUAACAAGGACAUAAAAGGGAUUGUGAAGGUCUAUGGAAUGUUUCAGGACGCGGAAACUGGGACGCUAGCACUGCUGAUGGAGUAUGGAGGCACAUCGGCCACGAGACGAGAAGCGGCGCGUACUGGACAGGUUGACGUCUUGCAUCUAACGUCAGACGAGCGUGACUCGCUCGAGAUUGCACUCACAAGCACCCAUGAAGCGGGUGUUGUGCACGGAGAUGUCCGCAGCGAUAAUAUCCUUGUCGACGGCUCUAAUCGGUUUAGGAUCAUUGACUUCGACUGCGCCACCCUGGAGGAUCCUAGGACAAGCCUCAGGAUGGUUUUCGAGUCUGAAACCCUCAAGGGCUUUCUAAAGGUAAUCGACAGCACUUGA